AUGGUGGCUGCAUCUGGUUAUUUUCCGUCACAACAACCGAAUCCCAAUAUUUGGGAAUCGAGCAAUGUCUUAUCUGAAGAAGAUGAGGCAAAUGAAGAAUGCGAGGAUGAAGAUGAGUUACUAUUAGCAAACCUCACUCUAUCUUACAUUUCUUACGUACAACUAGCUUACGGGUGUGCUUCAGACGCUUGUGAUGAGUAUGUCCGUAUAAGUGAGGCAACUUCACGAUUGGCACUCCAAAAGUUUACAGAAGGUGUCAUCAACCUGUUCGGUAGCUACAACGAUAUUAAUGUGCUUCAUCGAUCCCCUGUGUUCGAAGACAUCUUAGAGGGUCGAACACCUCCUGUGAACUUCGUAGUCAAUGGUCAUCAUUAUACGAAUGGGUAUUAUCUUACUGAUGGAAUCUACCCUAGAUGGGCUUCUUUUGUGAAAUCCAUUACGAGUCCACAAACUCGUCAGGAUCGUUUAUUCGCAAAACACCAGGAAGCUGCAAGGAAAGACGUUGAACGCGCAUUUGGGGUCCUUCAAGCUCGUUUUGCCAUUAUUAAAAAGCCAUCUUUGGCGUGGGAUACCGACAUACUCCACAAUAUCAUGCUCGCCUGCAUCAUAAUACAUAAUAUGAUCGUUGAAGAUGAACGAGAGACGUAUCAAAAUAACGUUAAUACCAAUGAGUUUAUGAAUGUUGGAGGCAACGCUAAUGAGGACACUACCGAGUACCGUACUGAUCGUAUUGUGGAUAUCGGCUUAUACUUGUCUCGUAGAACAGAGAUUGAGGAUCAACAGACUCAUUUGCAGCUAAAAAACGACUUGGUCGAACAUAUAUGGAAUAAAUUUGGUAACAACGAAAACUUAGGCAACUAG